GGAGCGCUAAGACCCAGGGCGUAGUGGAGGACUGCAGCAGCGAGCUGGAGGCGGCGGUGGGAGCCGUCAGGUACCUUGGUUAGCGGACGAAGCAGCAUCAGCCCCAAGGACAGAGAUGGCCAGUCAGUCCCAGGGUAUCCAGCAGCUGCUGCAGGCUGAGAAGCGGGCCGCUGAGAAGGUGGCAGAUGCCAGGAAGCGGAAGGCCCGGCGGCUGAAGCAGGCCAAGGAGGAGGCGCAGAUGGAGGUGGAGCAGUACCGCCGGGAGCGUGAGCAGGAGUUCCAGAGCAAGCAGCAGGCUGCCAUGGGCUCCCAGGGGAACCUGUCGGCUGAGGUGGAGCAGGCUACGAGGCGCCAGGUGCAGGGCAUGCAAAGCUCGCAGCAGAGAAACCGUGAGCGUGUCCUGGCCCAGCUUCUUGGCAUGGUCUGUGAUGUCAGGCCCCAGGUUCACCCCAACUACCGGAUCGCUGCAUAGAACCCGGCAUAUGGCCCGACUCCUGCCUAGUUUCCUCCCUGAAAGAGGUCUCCCAAGACAGCAUCCCCCUAUUCCCUCUCAAUCCUUCUCUGAUUUUCAUUCCCUGAAUAUUGCAGGAGGCAGGAUCCACUAUUGUCCUGUGAAACAUGUAUAUCCUGCCCCAAGCUGUAUCUCCCUGCUGCUCUUUAACCUUCCCCGGGACAUUGUCAGCUUCCCAGGCACACGCAGUGCAAAUUGGAACAUGGAGAAGCAGGGAUGUGCAAAGUGCUGACUCCACAGUGGGCGGAUUUGGGUCCUUCUCCCAGCCCUGCCACCUGCUGGUCGUACAGCUGAGGUUCCUAGGGGACUGGAUUCAUAGUGACAUCUGCCUGCCAUAGGCUGCACUGUACCGUGUCCUAUAAAGUGCCUGUAAGAGCCAGGAGCCCAGGGAUGGUGUCCUCCCCCACUGCGCAUCUGCCAAAACCUGAACUCAGCUGUCUCCUCCCGUCUGUCGGCGGCUCUCUAAUCCCACUCCGUCUGCGACUCUGAUAAUUCUCUAAUUCCCAGAAGAUUUUAGGACCCAAGGAAAGGCGGGACGGGGGCCUCAUUUAGUCCCUGCGUCAUGACUCCCCGUGGAGUCUGCCCCCUCAGCCUCUUGGCAGCUCGUGUGUGUUCUCCAUCAGCUGUCUCCCCAGCCUCAGCAGCUUCCUGCCGCGUGUGCAGCCAUGAUGCACCCCUUGAAAUGCAUGACCAGCCUUCCCACACCCUCAUCUUACAUUCCCCUUGUAACAAUGAACUGAGUCAAUAAAAAUGAGUCAACUGGUGA